CCUGUACCGCCAUGGGCCGGAAGAAGGUUGCUCGGGGCUCGGGCCCCGAGGGGGCCAAAGGGGGUGGGCGGCGGCGGUCUCAAGGCUGUUGUCGGGCCGCUCGCUCCUUGGACAGCUUCACUGAGGAGGUGGAGGCGGCGCUUCUCGCCUCUAUAGAAAAAGAUGCUUCAGCUGAAGGUGCCUCGUCCAAGCUGGAACUGCCUUGCCCCCUGGCCAUGUGGGAACUGGGUCACUGUGACCCCCGGAAAUGCACUGGCAGGAAGCUGGCCCGACAAGGUUUUGUUCAAACUCUCCGACUGAAUCAGAGGUUCAACGGCCUUAUUCUCAGCCCCAUGGGCACCCACUAUGUAUCACCGGCAGAUAAACAGCUGGUAGCUCAGUGUGGAGUUGCAGUCAUUGACUGCUCCUGGGCCAAACUAGAAGAAACUCCAUUUGGAAAGAUGCGAGGGACUCACCUUCGUUUGCUACCCUACCUGGUGGCUGCUAACCCUGUCAACUAUGGGCGGCCCUGCAGGCUGUCCUGUGUGGAGGCCUUUGCUGCCACUUUUUGCAUUCUGGGCUUCUCUGAUCUUGCCAUCAUCUUGUUACGAAAAUUCAAAUGGGGGAAGGGAUUUUUGGACCUGAAUGGUCAGCUCCUAGACAAGUAUGCAGCCUGCAGUGGCCCUGAAGAUGUGCUACGGGUUGAAAAGGAGUUUCUGGCUGGUGCUACCGAGAAACCUGAGCAGGAAAUAGAUCCGUUUGAUGUGGACUCAGGUCGAGAAUUCUCAAAUCCUAAUAGGCUUGUGGUCCCUGCCAGAAUGACUAAUGACAGCAGUGAAGAAGAAUCAGAGAGUGAAGGAGAUUAUGAAAAAGAGGAGGAGAAUGAGGAUGAGGAACAGGAACAGGAAGAGGAAGAGGAAGGCAGCAGUAAUGAUGAAAGCCUUGGUGAAAAGAAGGGAAAGGUAUUGUCUGCCACAGUGAACACAGAUGUUUGGAAAGGAAUCAAGAAAAGACAAAGAGACUGACUAGUGCUCAAUACAGCUGUAUUUUCCAAACAUGGUUGACAAACCUAGAAAUGGAUUAACUGGACCCAUAGAGACCCAUUCAUUUGUUGGAACUUAGAAUUAGUGAACUGUGCUAGCCCUACUCAGGAACUGCAGAACUGGACAUUUUCAUCUCUUUUAAUGUUUUCCCCAUCCUUUAACUCAGCUGAAGUGAUGGAAAUUUUAGGUGGAGUGAAGAAUCUGCCUUUGAGCUAUCAUAAUGAAGCUGAGAACCCAGAGGGCCUGUUGUGAGUCUGAUUUUAUGGGUGUUUCCAUCCUAGGAGCCUUUGUUAUAGGAUAAUAUCGCGGUGCCGUUUCCUCGUGGCACAGCAGUCCUCUAGAAAGUAGCAGGCCUGGAUCCUGGAGCUUUAGUCUCUGCCUGAGGACUGAGGUCAGCCAUAAGAGGGGCGGGGGAAGACGAGGCUUGAGUGGGAAUUCUGCAGUCCAGACUGUUAACUGUGAGGGCUUGGAACUGGAAGGGAAUAUGGGCUUUUGCUCUGGAAUCUGUAAGUGCUGCAGACAAGCUCUUUAGGCUAAGAGCAGAGAGGCAAGUGGUCUUCUGUGGCCUAAAGGCUAGAGCCCUCUUUAGACCAGGCAUAUUUUCACAGGAUUGCAAAAUACAACUAGAGGUUAUAGAGGGAAAACACAGCACUGGUGCUGAGUGCCCAGUGAGAUGAUAAAGAACCUUUCUCGGGGGCCCAUCCUCCAUAGGAAAUCAGUCUUCUACAAAGGAAAUUACUCUCCUCCGCACUAGGGUGAAAGAUUUGGUGAGAGGACCAGUCACCCUACAAGUACAUAUCCCAUCUCUUUCUUUUACUAGCUGUGUAACUUGAGGCAAAUCUAAAUACUUCUGUUUCCUCAUCUGUGAAAUGAUGGGGCUGUACUAAAUGAUCUCUAAGAGCCCUUCCAGCUCUAACCUGUGACCUUUCAGGACCAUUAAACUUGGUAUUGUCCCUGGCCUUUCCCA